GUAUUUGUACUACUUCAUCUACAGCAGGCCCCAGAGUUUUCUAGGUGAGGCUACGACCCACGCCACCGGCUUGUUGGAACGCGAGCAACUUGAGAGUGACUUGAUGUCAAGCAUCGUUCUUGAGAGGAAGAAGGAGAAGGUGAUGCCACCAACUGGGCUCAAAGAUCUCGUCGCCCAGGCCCAGAACAUUUUGAAUAUGAAGAAGACCUUGAUGACAAUACGGGUCUCGGUGUUCAACUGGGAGAUCAACGUCAAACUUCUGGAGUAUGGUUACGAAGAUGAUCAAGAUGUGGUACUGAACAGGAUGGAAGACCAUCACUGGCGCAGUGAGAGUUUUUGGAGCAUGUACCACGACCGCGCCCGGGAUCACCGGCCCGAGCGGCCAGAGCACUUUGAUGAGCUGCCGGAUCAAGGUCUACAGGCCCAUAACACCUUGUUGGGGUUGAGCAGCUGCGUGCAACAACAACUCUGGUCGGCACAUCAUGGAUGCCCUGGAGCUCAACAGAAGGACCUGCUGAAAAAGGCCAUGACCAAGCUACCAGUGGAGAUGACAAGAUUGACAAGGGAGCACCAGACCCUGUCGGAGCACCCCACGCACCCCACGCGUUGGCUUCCGCCGCGCCCCAGCAGUGCCACACUGCAGCGCAGCGCGAGCGCGCAGCAGAUGCUGAAGGAACUGGUGCGACCCGCAAGUGCUGGGGCCCUUGGAUUGCGCAGGACUUGGGGCUCUCAAUCCCUGCCAACUCUAGACCGCCCAAAGCCCAUCGCUGCGGAUCGGAAAGAUAUGCUGCGCUCAAUCAACAGCAGGCCAACCAGUGCAGGAUCCAGCGGCGCUCUGCGCACGCAACGUACGCAGAGGCCUUCCAGCGCUGGUUCUUGGGGCACAGCAUCUCGCCCUCAAAGCGCUGCGAAGAGCGCAGCCAAGAGCAGCACGAAGAGCUGGAGGAAGAUCGGCACCGCCCCGGCGGUGCCGGAUCUGGCCGCAAGCCACCACUUCGCCGGGAGUUCAAAUGCUUGGCAGCCCGCAUCACCCCAGCGCAGUAUGGCUUCGCGGCAUCAGGCGCCAUCAUGCUGUAAGCACUAUUUGAAGGCCUGUGAAAAGUACGGCACGAUGCCAGACAUGCUAGACUUCAACACAGGACUCUCAGAUAAGUUCCAUGCACCAAGAAGAUAUCUUUGUGAUGCCAAUCUCCUGGCAGUUGCAGGCAUGCUGCCGGCCAGAGACCAUGUGGAGGAAGUCAAUUUGCAAGAGAAUUCAAACCUCACUGAUGUGAGCUUAGUGCCAUUUUUGGAGCAAUUCAUCAAGAUUGGUCGUUUGGCGGAUGGUUUGAAGAAGCUGAAUCUGAAGUACUGCAAGGGGCUGGCCUGGUUGGGGCAAGAGACCCUGCUACGGCUGGUGAGCAGCGCCAAGAAUCUCAGGGAACUCGACCUGUCUGGGGUGCAGAUUGGAAUGCGUGCGCAGUCGCGCUUGUGCGAGGCCGUUGGGGAUCACCCACACCUUCUGUCCACCGGCCUUAGUCGAGUGGGUUUGGGUGGCCAUUGCCUGACCAAAGUGUGCCUCCACGCGCUACUGGGAAGUGGAACCAACAAGAAACUGAAUUUAAGCUGGAAUGUCUUCAACAAGCAGGAGUUUCAGCUCAUUGGAGACUACGUGGCCGAAAAUUUGGUCCUGGAGCAUUUGUUGCUGGACCACUGCGCUGGAUACAUUGCGAGGGAAGAUACGCCUAUCUCCCAUAUGGUAGAGAAACUGGCCUUCAAUCACUCUUUGAGGAGCCUGAGCAUCAAUACCAACCGCAUCGAUUCACGAGCUGCGCUGGUCAUUGAGGAUUCAUUGGAAGGACAUCCCUCUUUGCGGCGUCUCUAUUUGAGAAAUAACCCCUUGGGCAUCAUGGGCCUGCGGAGUAUUCUCAGACUUCUUUGUCGAGAGGAGUCCCACUUGUCGCGCCUGGACAUAGAAGGUUGCCAUGGGGGCAAAUCUGGCGAUGAGGUUGUCUUCAACAAGGGCGCCCAACAGGUUGGGUUGCUGUUGCCCAUGUGCCUGCCGGGGUUCCACAUUUUGAGGAUGCUCUACGAGACAGCGGAACGCUUCAGCUUGAAGCAUUCCCAGGCUUUCGUGAACAUCAGCUAUAGCAAUCCACCCUACCAGCAUCCCAUUCGAGAUAGCAUCGGCCAGUACAAGGUGCGGCGUGAGGGGGUGCUGACCUUCACUUUCAACGUGGAAUCCGCCAUCGCAGCCAAGUGGGGAGAAAUUGCGGACGAUGACUUCGUGGCGUUCCUCAAUGCGCACCUGGAUUUAAUGCGCUUCACGCCACAUCGCAUCAAGCAGCUAGGCCAA